GAUCAGUUGAGUUUUGCUUGUCGAGUGGAUAUCAAGUGUGGUACAACGAACACAAAAUAUUAAAACCCAGAGGAACUGAGUGCUGCAGUUGAUAGUUGAUUAACCAAAGAUACAAAGAAAAGAACUUGGAGAAUAUUAUCCAAAUAUCCAUUCGAAAAAGUGCCAAAAAGGAUUAACAAUCUUUUCUCUCUCUUUGCUUGAUUGCUCUUCUAGCUGAUAAAAAAGUGAAUUUUUUUGCAAAAAAGAAGUGCUUUGACAAAACAUAAAAACGUGAUUUAUUACCUGCGCUAGUUUCUUGCAAAACUAUAACGAAACCCGAUCACCUUUUUUUUCUUAUAAAAAAAGAACUCUAAAACCUAAAACAAACCAUCAUGAGGGAAAUCGUUCACUUGCAAGCCGGUCAAUGUGGCAACCAAAUCGGUGCUAAGUUUUGGGAAGUCAUCUCCGAGGAGCAUGGCAUUGACCCCAAUGGUAUCUACAAAGGAGAUAGCGAUCUGCAAUUGGAACGCGUCAGCGUCUACUACAAUGAAGCAUCAGCAGCAUCUAGUUCAUCGGGCGGUAAAUAUGUGCCGCGUGCCAUUCUUCUCGAUUUGGAGCCGGGCACUAUGGAAGCCGUUCGUUCGGGACCCUAUGGUCAACUGUUUCGACCUGACAACUUUGUCUUUGGCCAAUCUGGAGCUGGUAAUAAUUGGGCCAAGGGUCAUUAUACCGAAGGUGCUGAGUUGGUGGACAAUGUCUUGGAUGUAGUGCGCAAGGAAUGUGAGAACUGCGAUUGUUUGCAGGGUUUCCAAUUGACCCAUUCCUUGGGUGGUGGUACUGGCUCUGGUAUGGGCACCCUCUUGAUCUCGAAAAUUCGUGAAGAAUAUCCCGAUCGCAUCAUGAACACCUACUCGGUGGUUCCGUCACCCAAGGUCUCGGACACUGUGGUGGAGCCCUACAAUGCCACUUUGUCCAUUCAUCAGUUGGUGGAGAACACCGACGAGACCUAUUGCAUUGACAAUGAGGCUCUCUAUGACAUCUGUUUCCGCACCCUGAAGGUUUCGAAUCCCACCUAUGGGGAUUUGAAUCAUUUGGUCUCCUUGACCAUGUCCGGUGUUACCACCUGCUUGCGUUUCCCCGGUCAAUUGAAUGCCGAUUUGCGUAAAUUGGCUGUUAAUAUGGUGCCCUUCCCUCGCUUGCACUUCUUUAUGCCAGGAUUUGCUCCUCUUACCUCACGUGGUUCGGAGAACUAUCGUACCCUCUCCGUGCCGGAAUUGACACAACAAAUGUUCGAUGCCAAGAACAUGAUGGCCGCCUGCGAUCCUCGUCAUGGUCGUUACUUAACAGUGGCUGCUGUCUUCCGUGGCCGCAUGUCCAUGAAAGAGGUCGAUGAGCAAAUGUUGGCUGUGCAAAAUAAGAACAGCUCAUACUUUGUGGAAUGGAUCCCCAACAAUGUGAAGACCGCCGUGUGCGAUAUUCCACCCAAGGGCUUGAAAAUGUCUUCGACCUUCAUUGGCAAUACCACAGCCAUUCAGGAUCUAUUCAAACGUAUCUCCGAACAAUUUUCGGCCAUGUUCAGGCGCAAAGCCUUCUUGCAUUGGUACACUGGCGAGGGCAUGGACGAAAUGGAAUUCACCGAGGCCGAGAGCAACAUGAACGAUCUGGUUUCCGAGUAUCAGCAGUACCAAGAGGCCACAGCCGACGAUGAAUUCGAUCCGGAGGUGAACACCGAAGAGGUUGAGGGAGAUUGUAUUUAAUCUACAAGCCAGAGGAAUGAUGAGGAGCGUGCUUUGGAGAGACGUGUUGAGAGGGAGAGACAAAUUGCUGCUGAAAAUGCGGCAGGAUUGGCACAGGAAAUACGUGCCCUGUUGCAUACUUUAAGGUGUUUUCUUUGAAAGGAAGAGCGCGUAUCUAAACGUACUCUGGAUUAGAUUAAGAAUCCCUAGGGCAUUUUAAACUCAGUCUCACUCUACAGCUUUUAUAAAAAAAAAAAAAAACAUUAAGUUGCGUUAAAUUCAAACGCUUAGCAAUCGACACCAGCUCUCUCCGUAAUAUGGCAUUGUACGCACUCCCAUCCACUCCCCCCAACAAAAUCUUAGUUGUACUCAUUUGAAACGUGAGAGAAGAAUGAAGAGAGAAGAAGAAGAAUAAAACGGAAAUGUUCCAUUGAUUUCAUAUGGCGCCCGCCUGCUUGGUGGAAGCUCUUACACACAUUUAAGUUUAAUUGAAUUUAAUUGAAUUACGAAUUAAACUAACCUCCAACUCUCUCUUCUAUGUAAUAUCUAAUCAUAAGUAUUCUCAUAUCUUAUUAUUAUAAUUAUUAUUUUUUUUUUUAUUAUAAUUAACGCAUCAUUUAAUUUGUAGUAGAAACCCCCAUUGGCAAGAAUGACACAGUGAACACCAACCAUCCAUUACGACAUGAUUAACUUAUAAGCACCUCUUAAGCAUUUCUCUGAAUGUCGAUAAAACCAUCGUCGCGUCUUCUCUUCGUUUAACAAUCGUUCUAUGAUUUUAUGCAUUUUGUUCUAUUUGUCUCAUAAUAUUGUUAAGUAUUAUAAAUUUCACCCAAAAAAAAAACAAAAGAAAAA